GAAGGCGCCGGCGGAGGGGCAGCGGCGAAUUCGAAGGCGCCAAAAUCGACGCCAGCAAGAAUGAGGAGGAUGAAGGGUACGUUGGGAAAAUGUUCAUUGGAGGCCUUAGCUGGGACACUACGAAGAAAGAUCUGAAGGACUAUUUCACUAAAUUUGGUGAAGUUUUGGAUUGCACUCUGAAGUUGGACCCUAUUACAGGACGAUCAAGAGGCUUUGGCUUUAUAUUGUUCAAGGAGGCUGAGAGUGUUGACAGUCAGAAAGAACAUAAAUUGAAUGGCAAAGUGAUUGAUCCUAAAAGAUCAAAAGCAAUGAAAGCAAAAGAGCCAGUUAAAAAGAUUUUUGUUGGGGGCUUGUCUCCAGAUACACCUGAAGAGAAAAUAAGGGAAUACUUUGGAGGAUUUGGUGAGGUGGAAUCGAUAGAACUUCCCAUGGACAACAAAACCAACAAGCGCCGAGAAUUUUGCUUCAUUACUUUCAAAGAUGAAGAGCCAGUGAAGAAAAUUAUGGAGAAAAAAUACCACAAUGUUGGUCUCAGCAAGUGUGAAAUAAAAGUAGCCAUGUCAAAAGAACAAUAUCAACAGCAACAGCAGUGGGGAGUCCGAUGGGGAUUUCCAGGAAGAGCCCGUGGCCGAGGUGGAGGACCCAAUCAAAGCUGGAACUCAGGAUAUAGUAAUUACUGGAAUCAGGGCUACGGCAACUAUGGAUACAACAGUGGAGGCUAUGGAGGUUAUGGAGGCUAUGACUACACAGGCUACAACUACUACUAUGGCUAUGGUGAUUAUAGCAAUCAGCAGGGUGGUUACGGGAAGGUGUCUCGGAGACGAGGUCAUCAAAAUAGCUACAAGCCGUACUAAAUUAUUCCAUUUGCAGCCUAUC